AAAGCUGCGAGGCCGAAAAUAAAAACAGGAACUGGGGAGGGCUGGAAACUAGGCGGCAGAAAGAUGGCUGCUUCCAUGGAGAGGUGGUCCAAAGUCUUGUCCCUUGUGUUUUGGUGGUGUACGUUCUCCGUAGCCGCGUUUUUGAACUUGGAGGAGCUAAGUGAAAUGAAAUAUGGGAUCCAGAUUCUCCCCGAUCCCGUGAUUAAGAGACAGGCCAGGUCGGAGGAGGUCAUGCUGGUCUCCAACAAGUACAAGCAGCUGUACGAGUGCCGGCUGCCGGCGCAGGCGCUGCGCUUCCAGCAGGACGCGGCCGCGGACUCGGCAGACUCGCAGGCCUACUCGGGCCCCGGCAUCGCCGAGCUGCUGAAGCCCAUGGACGGCGCCCCCUGCCUGGUGAAGACGAAAGACUGGUGGACCUACGAGUUCUGCUUCGGACAGCACGUCAGGCAGUACCACCUGGAGGAUUCAGAAAUAAAAGGAGACGUGCUCUUCCUGGGAUACUACGGGUCAGAGUUCGACUGGAAUAACGAAACUGCCAAGGCCUCCAAGCAGCACAGGCUGAAGCGCUACCACAGCCAGACCUACGUCAACGGCUCCAAGUGUGACCUCAAUGGCAAGCCCAGGGAGACCGAAGUCAGGUUCCUGUGCGAGGAGGGCUCGGGGGACUACAUCGCCCGCGUGGACGAGCCGCAGUCCUGCAGCUACGUGCUGACCGUCCACACCACCCGGACCUGCCACCACCCUUACCUGCGCCCGCCCUCCGCCACCAAGCCCCUGGGCAUCACCUGCCAGCCCGCCCUCAGCCCCGAGCAGUACAUGGACUACGUGAAGGCCCAAGUCUCCGAUACCAAGCGCAAGGUGGACGAGAUCUCGGAGGAGCUCAGGAACCUGGAUGACAUCCUGGCGAAGGACGAGGAGGCGGACGGGCAGGAGGCACGGCCGGGGGGUGGCGCCGAUCCCCCCGAGGCCGCGGACCAGGCCGGAGAGCCAGAGCUGGACUUCGAACUGGAGGGAGCGGCUGGCGCCGCCGAGGACUCCUCUAUCGAAGAUCUGGAGGACGCUGAGUUCUGGAACGGCGUAACCAAGCCAAGCCGCGCCACCGUGAGCGACGACAAGCAGGCAGGCGCAGACGACACAGACGCUCGGAUCCCGGAGGAGGAUUUUGUAGAGGAAGGCGCUGGGGCCGAGAAUUUCAACUUCAAGAUCAUCACCGACUCCUCCGACCUGAUGAAGUUCAUCGCCCACCUCAAAGAGAGCAGCAGGAAGGCCUCCGCUGCCGUCGCCGAGGAGGGAGCGAGGGCGGAGCAGGGCGCCCGUCCCGCGGGCGCGGAGGCACAGAGGCGGGAGGAGGAGGACGAGGACGAGCAGCUCCUGCAGGAGUUCGAGGAGGAGAUGGCCGACCUCUCCCUGCCCUCCUCCAGGAUCGGGGAGGUCAAGCAGGAGAUGCAGAAGGCGUUUGACAACAUCAUAGACGAGGCUGAGCAGGAGCUGCAGGCGGAGGGUCUCAAGGGGGAGUUCGACCACGGCCAGGCCACCAAGACCCUGGAGACCACGCUGGACAAGCUGCUGGACCGGCUGGAGGACAAGGAGGGGCAGGAGCCGGGGGCAGGGGAGGCCGCCGGUGCUGACCGAGCCCGGGGCGACCCCAGCCUGGCACCCCGACAGCCAGCAGAGGGAGCUGCCGACGACCAGGUUCAGAUCAGAGUUACUAAGUUUAAGCCGGGCAGCAGCCCCGAGAGGCAGUUGAAGGUGCAGGAGUUGGCAGAUGGAGAUCCCCAGAUGCAGCAGAUUAAAGACGUGGUUAAGGAACAGCUAGAGAAGGCCGGACUGAAAGCAGAAGGCAAGAUCGAGGUGAAGAUCCUGACGCGGAGGAGCGUGGAGGAGGAGGGCGACCAGUGGCUGACGGAGGAGGACACCAAGUCCUUCCGCGAGCUUCUCAUCAACCUGCUGACCGGCGGCACGGAGGAGGUGUACAGAGAGCAGAAGAGGCAGGAGGAGCUGGAGAACAACUACAGGUUCGUGUGGGGAGAGAAGCAGGAGGAGGCGCCGGCGGCAGGCAACACCGAUUCGGACGACCUGGACUUCUGAGGGCCGGGCCCCGGCUUGGACCCUGGGCAGGGGGGUGGCGGAUGAGGGGCAGAAUGGGUUCUUGCUCUAGAGGGUUGCCGAUCUGAAGGCACGACCGCGCCGAGCCCGCCUGGAGUGGGCACGCCGCAGCUCUGAACCCCACGCGCGUGUCCCCCUCCUGCAGGAACCGCGGUUUUGUUUUUAUACCUUAGUUCCCCAAUUCGGAGCCUCAGUGGCUUCUCCGUAGAGCAGGGACAGGUGGCUCUGGUCCUGGAGGGCUGGUGUGUCUGCAGGUUUUCAUUCCAGCUCAGCUCCUUGUAAUCUUAAUUAUCAGCUGAUCGGCUUUAACAUGGGACCAAUUUAGGAGCUACUCCCAGCUCUUCAGAGGCUGGUGCUUGGAAGACACCUAGAAAACCCGCAGACACCCUGACCCCCCCCCAGGACCAGGACUGGACACCCUGCAGACACACUGACCCCCCCAGGACCAGGACUGGACACCCUGCAG